AGCCAGUCAGUCAGAGCCAGUAGCCUCUACACUCUGUCUCUCUCCCUCCUCAUUCAGCGCCUGGCUCACUCUCUCCACACUCGCUGUUCAUCGCCUCCUCACUGCAUCUGUCCUCCUCUCUCUGAAAUGAUGUACCAUGCAUCCUCCAGUCUCCUCCUCCUCCUCCUCCUCCUCUCCGCUUGUCCAUUACCAUUCCAGGGUCCCUUUAUCAAAGAGAGUAUUCUUGCUGCAAACCCGGGAACCAUAAAAGCUGUGUUACUUCCUUGCGGACUUUGGAGACAGAACCAGGCUCUCUGCCCAGUCUGAGGACAGCCGCUGGAGACACUGCUGCUGCUGCUGCUGCUGCUGCUGCUGCUGCUUCUGCUGCUUCUUUUGGGAUGUGGAUCUUUGCAAACCUCUGAUUCCAGUGUAAAAACUGUUUGACGCCUCUAAAAGUUGCAGGAAGACUCACAACAUUCAAGAAGCUCAUCCUGCCUCAGAGAGUGCUGGCAUCUCACUCUGUGUGGUGUCAGACCAACUCUAAGUCUCAGCCCUCCACACACUGAAGCAGGACUGCACUGCUGUUAUGUCCAAUUUUGACAUAACCCCAGCUUCAUCUCCUCCCUUAAGAAACUGAACAAUCUCAUGCUCCCAUCAUUCCUGCCUGUGAUUUCAGCAGCACCUGCUAGAACGGUUUCUGGACCAGUGACGUCCAGCUUCACGUAGAAUCAACAAGGAAACACAUUCCAGACUUUCCAGAGGACAAGAAAAAGACUGUCAAGGACUUAUUUGUCUCGGGAGCAGCUCUUGUGGCCUUAGCCAACAACCAUGCAGGUGUCCUUUGCAUGUACAGACCACGGACUGAAGGCCCCACGUAAUGGGGAGCACAGCAAGCAGAACUCCACCAGCCCCAAUACUGCCAGUCAGGCUCGUGCCCGCUUCCGCACCGUGGCCCUGAUAGCUCGCAGCCUGGGCUCCUUCACCCACCGCUACCACCACAACCUGAAGGAGUCCACAGCCAAGCUCACCGGCAUGAAGUACCGGAACCUGGGUAAAUCUGGAUUACGUGUCUCUUGUCUGGGGCUUGGCACGUGGGUAACAUUCGGAGGUCAGAUCUCUGAUGAGGUGGCAGAGCAGCUGAUGACUAUCGCCUAUGAGAGUGGGGUCAACCUGUUCGACACAGCUGAGGUUUACUCCGGAGGCAAAGCAGAGAUAAUCCUGGGGAACAUCAUCAAGAAAAAGUGCUGGAGGAGAUCCAGCCUGGUGAUCACCACUAAGCUCUACUGGGGGGGAAAAGCAGAGACAGAAAGAGGCCUUAACAGAAAGCACAUUAUUGAAGGUUUAAAGGGCUCCCUCCAGAGAAUGCAACUCGAGUAUGUUGAUGUGGUUUUUGCGAACAGGCCAGACAGCAACACUCCGAUGGAAGAGAUAGUGAGAGCAAUGACACAUGUGAUCAACCAGGGAAUGGCCAUGUACUGGGGGACAUCACGGUGGUCUGCCAUGGAGAUCAUGGAGGCGUACUCUGUGGCCAGGCAGUUUAAUCUAAUUCCACCUGUGUGUGAGCAAGCAGAGUAUCAUUUCUUCCAGAGGGAGAAAGUUGAAACUCAGCUUCCAGAGCUCUACCAUAAGAUAGGCGUGGGUGUGGUCUCUUGGUCCCCUCUGGCAUGUGGAAUCAUUACUGGAAAGUAUGAUAAUGGGAUUCCGGAAUCUUCCAGGGCCUCGAUGAAGCCAUACCAGUGGCUGAGGGAGAAAAUAAUGAGUGAAGAUGGAAGAAAACAACAAGCCAAGCUUAAGGACCUGGCUCACAUCGCAGAGAAGCUUGGCUGUACUUUGCCACAGCUAGCCAUAGCCUGGUGCCUGAGGAAUGAAGGAGUAAGCUCAGUGCUGCUGGGAUCCUCUAAUCCAACUCAGCUGACAGAAAACCUGGGAGCAAUCCAAGUUAUUGCAAAGAUGACAGCGGGCAUUGCCACAGAGGUUGACCAUAUUCUGGGAAAUCGUCCUCACAGUAAAAAGGACUACCACCAUUAGGAUGAAUCACCUUUUAGUAAACUAUGCUCCAUAAGCAUAUCAAAGCUCACUUUUCACAGCCAUGGCACUAUAAACUUGUGCCCAACUUUGCUUAAGUGCGCACAAAUGACUGUGUGUGUGUGUGUGUGUGUGUGUGUGUGUGUGUGUGUGAGAGAGAGAGAGAGAGAGAGAGAUAGAGAGUGUGUAUAAAGUGUUCUGCUUGGCCGUCCGUAUGAAGUUCACCUCAUUGUUGUAGAGUGGGUUACUUGACAAAGCAUGCAUGCCAGAGCUAUUGCAGCCAACAGUCAGAGUCCAGCAAGAUGACUUCUGGAUCAAAAGUCUCCUCCACUCAAAUAAACAUCCACAAAAGCUGCGAAGUAACAACCAUGCUUCUUUUUACUGCAUGAACCAAACUUGUGAAAUAACUAUUCAAUUACUUAAAUUACCUCUGUGCGUAUGGGUGCAUUAAUUAAAGAAAACUUUAGGCCCUCUUUCUGCUGCGAAAAGCUAAUUUUAGUGCAGCCACUACCAAAUAGUUUCUGUAUCACAUCAAAAUAUAUCCGUUUUAGAUGGAGCUACUCUGCCUGUUGUGAUGAACGGUUUCAGGACUGAAAUUCUGCUCACAGUGUUGCCACAUUUUCCAUGAGAGUGAUGAGAUGAAAUAUGAUGGAAAAUGUCUGUAUUGACUGUUACAUAUCUUUCCCUAUGAAGCAGCUAUGUCUGAAUGAGCUGUUAACGUUACUGUGUUUUUUCUACUCAUGCAAAAGUAGAGCAUAUUGUAGUUUUCCUUUUGUGCUACUCAACUACUUUUAUUUUGGACUUUGCCAGACUUUUUUCCCCUCCAGUGAUGAUAAUAUCUGAUUUGUUUAAUUCCCGUCUGCAUUGUAAUUAAAUUGUUUGUCUUGUCACAGUUGAGGAGAAGAUCUUCCUAUGGGGAGUCUGUGAAGCUAAUAUACAGAAAUGGACACCUGCAGUCAUAGAAAACAUUACAUUCUUACCCAACGUCUCCCAGUUGUCAGUUUUACGUAAUGGGGUGAUCUUUAUGUUCAUUCUGUUCAAAGGUGUGUUUUGGUGUUGCUCAUCAGAUUUGUACAUACAAAUAAAGAGCUUAUAAUUAUAA